AAAAGGGAAUUAUAGGCAGGAAUUUCAUAAUCGAAGGUAACUAUUGCACACCAUGUACGAAAACAGAGAAGAAUGCUGCGUCCAAGUACUAUUGCACCGACUGCGAAGCAUAUUUCUGUGAACCUUGUUUCCAGUUUCAUACGCGAAUUCCUCUUCUAGAAAAGCAUAUAGUGUUAAAAGGAUCAGACAUCGGUAUAUGGUCAAAACUUCCUUACAAAUGCAAGACACAUGACAAGAGUUAUGAAUUCUUCUGUGGGACACACGGGUCGCUGUGUUGUCAUAUUUGUGUGCCGUUACAACAUAGGUCCUGCUCUGAUAUGGAACACAUACUUGAAAAAGCGAAAAGUAUAUGUACAAAACAAGAAUUCAAAGACAUGAAGACAAAUACAGAAAAAGAAAUAAAAGAAAUCGUGAGCUGCAAAGAAAAGCUUGACAAAAAAGCCCUAAUUAACAAAAACUCAAAAGAAAAGUGUAUCAAAACUUUAAAAGAACAACGAAAAGUGAUAAAUGAUUUAUUUGACUCUUUGGAGAGUAAAACAGUUGAAUAUAUGGAUAGAAAAUUCAAUGAAAACAAUAAGUAUAUUAAUCGAGGAAACUCUGAAAUACAGGUUUACAUGCAAGAACUAGUUCAUCUAAAAGAGCAGUUGGAUACUGCAACACCUGAAAAAGAAGUUCUUGUCUUUAUAUCUUUAAAGAAAGGAGAGAAGACAUUAUCUGAUAUCAAACAAAAGCUUUCUCAAUUGGAUGCAUCACCAAAUAAAGACGAGUAUCAACUGGUAACCCAUUCUGAAAUAGAGAAGUUUAUUCAAAAUUUGCCUGACCUUGGAUACAUUGAAGACGAACAGUCAAGAUACAAUUCGGCUUCUGAUGAAUUAUUGAGCAUAAUGAAAAGUCCAAGGAAGGAGCAAAAAAUAUGCCAAAUAUGUGGCCGACAAUGUGGCAGGGAAUGCUUUAGUGUAUGGAUGUAGACGUUUACAUGGUAUAUAUAUCAUGCCUUAUCGAUGAAUGUUCAAAUAAAGUUUCCUUUUCCUCUUAUUAACUUUUUGUAUCUUAUUAUUAGCUGUAGAGGUUCAUAAAUAAGACAGACAUAAUUUAUUAGAUUCAAUUUAAAUAUGUGGCGGAUUAGGUUUAUCAUGAUCAAUUAAAUGCUUCGUUCAAAGACGUUUAAACUUACUUGGCUACUACUGCAUGUAGAUACAGUACAACCAACCAAUGCGCAGCGGUUUCCUUGGCUUCGCUUGCUAUCAUCACACAUGCAAUUGUUAAUCAUCAUUUUGAUUAAAUGCACAUACCUACGGUCAUGCACGUAACAGGUGAAAACUUAAUAGCAACGUGAAAAUGGGAUCAUUGCAAUGUAUGAAAUAUUUAAGAUUUGGUUUCAUUCAAUCCAUUUAAAUCGAAAAGUUACGUUUGUUUUUGUCACAAAAACAUCAACAAGAAACAAACAAAGAAAGAAAAAGAAAAGAAAACACAGUUUAGACUGAAACAUUUUGAAUCCACGUACCGUUUCCUAUGGUAACGUAAAGAUUGUGAAGACAAUGACCAGAGAAGAGACAAUCAAUUCCCUGGAUAGGGGAGUUUGCGCCAUAUAACACGUAUAUAGAACAUUAGACACAAAACUAUCUUAUACCAAUUUGUUUUCGUUUUUUGU